UUAAAAAAUAAAUAUUGGAAAGAGUGGAAAAAGCAGAUAGUCUCAAAGGCAACAGAGCAAACUCAUUACUGUCCUCAAAUCAAUCAAUUACUAUAAUUUUCAGCGCAUAUUUUUUUGAACCCUUAAACCGCCUUUCUCUCCUCUUUUCACGACUUCCAAGACUCUGAAGAAUGAGCAGAAGCUACCACCAACAACAAGUUACGAAUCUUCGAUUCUCUAUUGGUCUAUUUCUUACUGAUUUUCUUCUUUUCUGAUGGCUAAGCGGGUUUAUCAAGCUUGGAAAGGAAGCAAUAUUUUUUUAUGCAGUGGGAGGCUGAUAUUUGGACCAGAUGCUAGGUCGCUUACAGUGUCUGUAUUGCUUAUACUUGUGCCUGCAGUUAUCUUUUGCACCUUUGUAGCAAGACAUCUUCUCCAUAAGUUCUCUACGUAUAAUGCUGGAUAUGCAAUUCUGGUGGUAGCUAUCAUCUUUACCAUCUAUGUAUUGGUACUUCUUUUAUUUACUUCAGCCCGUGAUCCAGGCAUCAUUCCUCGCAAUUUACAUCCACCAGAGGAAGAGUUUUGCAAUGAGUCUUCAGUGGCUGGCGGCAGGCCAACACCAAGUCUGCAAUUCCCUCGCACCAAAGAAGUCCUUGUUAACGGUGUUCCUGUCAAGGUGAAAUACUGUGAAACAUGCAUGCUAUAUCGUCCACCCCGUUGUUCUCAUUGCUCAAUAUGCAACAAUUGUGUGGAGAAAUUUGAUCACCAUUGCCCUUGGGUUGGGCAAUGCAUUGGAAUGCGCAACUACCGUUUCUUCUUUAUGUUCAUAUCUUCUGCAACCCUUCUUUGCAUCUUCGUAUUUACACUGUCAGCUUUGUACAUCAAAUUUCUUGUGGAUGAGCAUCACAAUGUAUGGAAGGCCAUAAAAGAAUCACCAGCCUCAGUUGUGCUAAUGUCCUACUGCUUUGUUGCAUUGUGGUUUGUUGGGGGUCUCACCGGCUUCCAUUUGUACCUGAUAAGCACGAACCAGACCACAUAUGAAAACUUCAGAUACAGAGCAGACAACAGGCGAAAUGCUUUUGACCGUGGUUGCAUAUCCAAUUUCUUCGAAGUGUUCUGCUCAAAAAUUCAGCCUUCAAAGAACAAGUUCCGUGCAUAUAUACAAGAAGAGGCACCAAGGAUACCCAUGAGAUCAAUGCCUGAGGUGGCUGAAGAAUUUGGUGAAGACAGGCGAACAAAAGUGGAAGAUGAUCUGGAAAUUGGCGACGAUAUUCUGAAACUUUCUCAACGACGUGAUUAUUAUGGGAUUGAGGAUCUCAAAAGGAGAGGUAGCGAUGGGUUUUCUCAUGAAUCUGCUGAAUCUGAUUAUAAUAAUUUGGGCUCAGAACUGCAAGCUUCUUUGAGUCAAUUAGGGACGGAGCAAUCUCGAAGAGCUGGAAGUUUUGACACAUCACCGCAUAUCCUUGCUUUCAAUGCCAUUGUCUCUGAUAGUAAAAAACCUUGAUGGCCCCUCUUAACUUCUUGAGCAUUGUUAUUGAUACUCCCAUGUAUUCUCUUACUCAUGUUCAGUUGAAAAACCAUCAAUUGUUAGCCACUGUUUUUUUCAUCUUUUGGUUUUCGCUCAGAUUGGGCUGGUAGGGUUGUAGGCGGGCUUGGGUUGGUGGGUGAUGGUGGGCAAAACUCGGUAUAUAUUUUCAUGGAUGAAAAACUUUCUAUGUUGUAUCUAGUUGAAUUUGAAAGUAUAGAUUUACAAACAAUUGCUAAUGUUCUAGAGAUUCAAUUCUUAAUGUUUGUAAAACUUUCAAAGAUAAUCCUCUACGCAUUAUUUUUCCGAAAA